AUGGUGAUCUUCACGUGUUCUGGGCAGCAUGCUCCUGUCAACAGUGGCCAGGUGAGUGAUUAAAAUGUGCAGACUUCUGGGGAGGCUAGUGAAUACAAACAGUAAGUUGUGGGAUUGGAAAGGAAAUAGCAGACUUAAUUUCCUCAGAGCUCUUUUCUCCAUAACUUAGAAAUGUGAGGUGGUCAAACAUCAACACACACAUAAAAUAGUAUGCUUGACUCUACGUCUCUGGUAUGCUGUGACAAAUGACCUAUGGCACUCCAACCGCCCACAGCAAAUAUGCUAGCAUACUAGUCUUUGCCUCAGGACUAGAAGUGUCCCUCCUAAUCUUUUGAAGGUUCCAAGGUGCUUUGAAAAAUCACAUUAAGUAUGAAACCAGUGUGCCAUUGGCACACUAUCUUCGUGUCACACAGAGUCUUAGUAAUUACCACAUGGAUCAAGUGGCAACACUAGCUUCUAUUUCUUAAAUGGGACUAUUCACAAACCAUAUUUCAUAAAUCUCAACAUUCAUACUUUUUUAAAUGUUGCUUACUUGUCCAUCUUGACAAACUUAAGAUGGCACAGCCUCACUUUUGGUUUCAAAUAAGGGCAAAUUUCACAAUGCAAGUCCUCCUUGGUAAGAAUUUACAUCAGCAGGAUGAAAUAUUUCCCUUCGGGUACAUGUCACUUCUACCACUGCUCAUAUAUGUCUUAUGGACACUGGUCUAAAAAAAGUGCAGAUCUCAAACAUGUAGAACUCCACUAUGUUGUUGCAUUUUAGCUACUCUAAACCUAAAUACAUUUUGCUGCACAAUACUGUAGAUUGCAUAUUUACUAUGCAUAUUAAAUAUUCUAUAAUCUGCUACUUGUGACUUUCUCCCCAUAACAGUUUGACUUUUAUGGUUGGAUGCCCAAUGGUCCCUCAUCUAUGAGGAAGCCACCUCCUUCCGGGAAAGGGGCAACUUAUCAAAUCAUCUUGGAUACCUUACCUGAAGUCAAUACAACUACCCUGGCCAUGGCUACUGUGUGGCUGCUCAGCCAUGAACCAGAGGACAAGGUGGGUAUUCUGAAUAAUUCUGUGUAUUCUGAAUCAUCACUCUCAUGGCUUAUCUGGAUGGGUUUCAUGAAAUCUCUUCUCCAGGGUUUCCCAUGCAUAGGGUGGGAAGCAAAGAGCUGGAUGUAACUAACACUUCUAGUUAAAAUGCUUUCAUAUUAACUUGUGAAAACCUGUCAAAUCCCAAUCCCUUAAUAUUACUUGGCUUCACCAACCAGGCUGCUCAGCUAGGAACCGGAGGACAAGGUGGGUAUUCUGAGGACCUCUGAGCACUGUUCCGAAUCAUCAAUAUCUCAUGGCUUAUCUGAAUAGGUUCCAUGAAUCUCUUCUCCAGGUUUUAUCAAUCCAUUCACUUAAGUACACCAUGCAUUGGGGGGUAAAGCAAAAAGCAGGGUAAAUCUGAUACAUGAGUAGUUGACAUCCAUUCAUAUCAACCUGCAGAUAAUCUCUUGACAAAGUAACUUGUCAAAACGUCCACACGGAGUACAGCUAACCUGUGACUGUAUAAUGGUACAAUAACUAUUUUUAAUUAAUACUUAAUCCUAAACCAUAUCCCAAGGCAGAUUUACCUAAAACAAAGUUAAUGUAAACUUUUUAAUGGUCUCCUUGAUUGUCUUCAUCCGAAACCCAUCCUGCAGAUUACUCAGGAAUCUGACACUGCUUACCAGUUAGUGGGUGCAAUACGUCAGAGCCUGUGUGACCAAAGUCCAACCUAUUUUGGAGGGCUGUGGAAUUUAGGAAUCAACAUACAGUAGAUAAAGUUACACUCUUUAGACAGAACAAACCCCACAGUUAUUUGUAGUAGUUUAAAAACACAUUAUUUUUUUGAAGGGGAGAUUAGUAAUAAAGUGUGGAAAGAAUUGGUCUUUAAUUCUGUAACAACGUUCAGUUUUGCAGGACCCCUACCAUCUCAUUGGUAGUGGUUUGGAGAAUCUUGAGCGCAUCUUGGCAUGUCAAAGGGGCCCUGUUUCAGCAGGUAUUGCACAUGCCCUGUGUCAAUCAAGAAGGAAUUUCCACUGGGUUUCCUUCUGGGCAGCAGAGCCCACUUCCUAUGAGUGGAGGCAUGCUACUGGCCUCUCUAUUCACUGGCAGUUGUUUGCUGAUGGUCCUGGGGGUGGGCCUAGUGUCCACAGGAAAGAGAAGCAAGAUGUCAUAUUGGAAGUGGCACAGGGAGGAGUGCAGUAGCUCAUUGCCCCUGCAAUGGGUUAUGUCACCCAAUAGUCCUAGUGAGUGCCUGAGUACUGACUAAGCAAGGGCACUUACUCAAAUGUGUAAAGCCAGUGGUGACAAUGAGAGAGACAUUUCUGACAGAGCACUGUGUUGCCUCUCGUUAGUUUUUUUUUAGUAACUCCUACUGCAUAUGCCCACCACAUUAAAGUGCUCAGUCACUUUACAGCACACUCAUGCUGGGGCUGGUUGAAAAGUUGUGAAACAUUAAGUGGAAAUCUGUCCCCGAUCAGUCCAGAGUGCCAGUCCAGUAAUCUGUCUUAAUAUCGAAUUGAUACUGUUAACCUGCAGAUGUAACAUGGAAUUAAAUAAAAUCUGGACAUGGUUAAUUGCAUUGCCAGCUGCAAAGGAAUGAGUCAAUCAGUACCCUGCUGCUUUAACACUGCUGAGAGCCAACGGAGAGGUUUUAUAACUUCAGCAAUAGUUGAGAUAUAUAUAUAUAUUUAUAAAGAGGAUAAUUUAGGCACUCACCCUUGGAUACAUUCAAUGUGUCUGCCUUAGGAACUUCCAACAUCCAAAUAUAUAAAUAAAUCGAUGAAAUGGAGCACUCCAAAGGACUUCAGCAAAGUGUAUUUAUUGUAACAAAAAAUUUACAUGGUAGUGCAAAUAAUCUAAAUCGACGUUUCAACCCCUCAGGGUCUCUUAAAAGAUUUCAUCGAUUUAUUUAUAUAUAUUUAUAUAUAUAUAUAUAUAUAUAUAGUGGGCAACUAUGUCAACAUGUAUAGCUUGGAGGAAAGAUGAGACAGGGGGGAUAUGAUGGAAACAUUUAAAUACAUAAAGGGAAUCAACACAGUAAAGGAGGAGACUAUAUAAGAAAAACUACCACAACAAGAGGACAUUGUCUUAAAUUAGAGGGACAAUGGUUUAAAAAUAAUAUCAGUAAGUAUUACUUUACUGAGAGGGUAGUGGAUGCAUGGAGUAGCCUUCCAGCUGAAGUGGUAGAGGUUAACACAGUAAAGGAGUUUAAGCAUACGUGGGAUAGGCAGAAGGCUAUUCUAGCUAUAAGAUAAGGCCAGGGACUAAUGAAAGUAUUUAGAAAAUCGGGCAGACUAGAUGGGCCGAAUGGUUCUUAUCUGCCAUCACAUUCUAUGACAGACAGCUCAAGUUAUCAUGGCUACUUAUUAACUAUUGCUGCAGUUGAGAAACUUCUCAUUAUCAGUAGAAGAAGAGAUCAUAAGAGCUGGAGCAUUAUACAGAUAUGUUCUCUGAAAUCCAUCGCAGUGAUCCUGUCUGUGGGAUAGUAUAUUAUCUCCUUGUGCCCAGCUCUGUUUCUCUGUAUCUUACUUGGCUCUGCUUGUUGUAUGGGUACCUCUGUAGCCUGCCCAGCUAUACAUCAUAAAGGUAUCUUUGUAUUCAGCUCUGUGUAUCUCUGUCCUGUAUAGAGGAGUCUGGCACCCCACCAUCUUAAAACGUCACCAGCCACCAUUGUCUACAUGGGGCCCGAUGACAUUCAGGCAGUGACUAUCUAAAAAUAUUGCUGUUAUAGCAAUUCCUGAGCUCAUCAAGCCAUGAUCACUUUAACGACCCCAUCAAUCUUACAGGGGCAAGUUCAGCCUUGUAAUAAUGUUCCAGCAGUUAUGUCUAUUGUGGCAUGAACUUGGAAAUUCAGAGUGCAUUUCAGUUAACACUUUAUGGCGGUUAACAAUUCUUUUAAAAACAUUUUCUCCUCCCUUCCAGAGGCCUGUGGGAAAUUAUACCAAUGAGAGAUUCACAGAAGAGAAACCACGGCAACACAUUAAGGAAUUCCAGCGUGAGCUGGAUCAGAUCUCAAAGGAGAUCCAGGCAAGGAACCAGAAUGUGACGCUGCAGCACCUGUAUCUGGACCCAAAGCGUAUUGAGAGCAGUGUGUCUAUUUAA